CGCGAGCGGGAUGGGCGCAUGCGCGGAGGUGUGUUGACGGGCGGCCGCUGGUCGGAGGAGGGGGUUCCCGCAGCAACGCCGCGGUGAAAAGGAGUGGAUUGUGUCAGGCUUCGCGUAAGGGAUUUUUUUUUUAUUAACAGUAUCAGCCAUCAUCUCAUCAAAGAAUCACAGGCAGAAAACUUCUAGUUGUCUACAAAAACAUAAGAGAAGACUCAUAAUUUUGAAGGGGAAUAAUUAUGAGAGAGAAUUAGUACAUCUGAUAUCUCAUUGUGAAGGUUAUCACUUUUAGCCAUUAUACUCAAGUUACAAUGAGUAACCCCUAUGGACAACUCUUGGAGCCCCUUGAUCCUAAUUGUAAGGAAAAGAAGUUCUAUAAUCUGUCCAAAAUAAGAGAUGACAGAUAUGCACAGUUGCCAUUCUCGAUCCGUGUCCUUCUGGAAGCAGCAAUCAGAAACUGUGAUUGUUUUCUGGUGAAGAAAGAAGAUGUUGAAAACAUAUUGAACUGGAAAGUGACACAACACCAAAAUGUCGAGGUGCCUUUUAAGCCAGCUCGUGUCAUCUUGCAAGAUUUCACUGGUGUGCCUGCAGUGGUAGACUUUGCUGCCAUGCGAGAUGCUGUGAAAAAUCUAGGAGGAGAUCCAGAGAAAAUCAACCCAAUUUGUCCUGCAGACUUGGUUAUUGACCACUCCAUCCAAGUAGAUUUUAACAGAUGGCCAGAUAGUUUGCAACAAAACCAAAAACUGGAAUUUGAAAGAAACCGAGAAAGAUUUGAAUUUUUAAAGUGGGGCUCUAAAGCUUUUCAAAAUAUGAAGAUCAUUCCUCCGGGCUCGGGAAUCAUCCAUCAGGUGAAUCUAGAAUAUUUAGCACGGGUGGUAUUUGAUCAUGAUGGAUGCUACUACCCUGAUAGUCUUGUGGGAACGGAUUCCCACACAACGAUGAUCGAUGGCCUUGGAGUCCUCGGCUGGGGUGUGGGUGGCAUAGAGGCUGAGGCAGUGAUGCUUGGUCAACCCAUCAGCAUGGUUCUACCAAAAGUAGUUGGUUAUAAGUUGAUGGGAACUCCAACCUCUUUGGCAACAUCAACAGAUAUAGUGCUCACAAUCACAAAACAUCUUCGCCAGGUUGGAGUUGUUGGGAAAUUUGUUGAAUUCUUUGGCCCAGGUGUGGCACAACUAUCCAUUGCUGAUCGAGCAACUAUUGCCAACAUGUGCCCAGAGUAUGGGGCAACAGCAGCUUUCUUUCCAGUGGAUAACAUAAGCAUAAAGUACCUAGAACAAACAGGUCGAGAUAAAAGUAAACUCAGUUACAUUGAACAAUAUCUCCGAGCUGUUGGAAUGUUCCGAGAUUUCAAUGAUCCUUCCCAGGAUCCGGAGUUUACUCAGAUUGUGGAACUGGAUCUUAGCACUGUGGUAUCGUGUUGUAGCGGUCCCAAACGACCUCAGGACAAAGUAGCCGUGUCUGAUAUGAAACAAGAUUUUGAAAGUUGUUUGACUGCAAAGCAAGGAUUUAAAGGAUUUCAGAUUGCACCAGUUCGGCAAAACGACAAAGUGAUGUUUAAAUACAACACGCAGGAGUAUGAAUUGUGCCAUGGCUCAGUGGUAAUUGCUGCUAUCACCAGCUGUACCAACACCAGCAAUCCAUCUGUGAUGUUAGGAGCAGGGUUAUUGGCAAAGAAAGCAGUAGAAGCUGGUCUCGAUGUUAAACCAUACAUCAAAACCAGCUUAUCUCCAGGAAGUGGUGUAGUUACGUACUACUUAAAGGAGAGUGGAGUCAUGCCAUAUCUCACCAAAUUAGGGUUUGAUGUUGUUGGCUAUGGGUGCAUGACGUGUAUUGGUAACAGUGGUCCUCUCCCAGAGACUGUUGUGGAAGCCAUUACCAAGGGUGACCUUGUUGCAGUUGGCGUGUUAUCUGGGAACAGAAACUUCGAAGGCCGUAUACAUCCCCACACACGCGCUAAUUACUUGGCUUCACCACCAUUGGUUAUCGCAUACGCCAUAGCUGGGAGCAUACGGAUCAACUUUGAGGAGCAGCCAUUGGGUGUUAAUGCAGAAGGUAAGAAAAUCUUCCUGAGGGAUAUUUGGCCAACCAGAGAAGAGCUGCAAACAAUUGAGAGGAAGUUUGUCAUUCCUGCCAUGUUCAAAGAGGUUUAUGAGAAAGUUGAGAAAGGAAAUGAAUCCUGGAAUUCUUUGAAUGCUCCCAGUGAUAAACUAUAUACAUGGAAUCCUAAGUCAACAUACAUCAAAUCCCCGCCUUUUUUUGAAAACCUGACACUAGAUCUUCAACCUCCUAAAUCUAUCGUUGAUGCCUACGUCCUUUUAAACUUGGGUGAUUCAGUGACAACUGAUCACAUCUCUCCAGCAGGGAACAUUGCAAGAAACAGCCCUGCUGCACGGUAUUUAACUGAUCGAGGUUUAACUCCCCGGCAGUUCAACUCGUAUGGAUCGCGUAGGGGCAAUGAUGCAGUUAUGGCAAGGGGAACAUUUGCAAAUAUCCGGUUGGUCAAUAAAUUCCUCAACAAGCAAGGGCCACAGACCAUUCACUUCCCCAGUGGGGAGACGCUUGACGUGUAUGAUGCUGCAGAACGUUAUCAACAGGAAGGACAUCCUCUGAUUAUAUUGGCUGGUAAGGAAUAUGGGUCAGGCAGCUCGAGAGACUGGGCAGCCAAGGGUCCCUACUUGCAGGGCAUCAAAGCCGUCCUUGCUGAGAGCUAUGAACGUAUUCACCGCAGCAACCUUGUAGGGAUGGGGGUAAUUCCCCUGGAGUAUCUGCCUGGGCAGACAACUGACAGCCUGCAACUUACAGGUCGUGAAUGCUACACCAUCAUCAUCCCUGAGUUGUUGAAGCCCAGGAUGAAUGUGGAGAUUAAGCUUGACACUGGGAAGUCGUUCCAAGCCAUCAUGAGAUUCGAUACUGAUGUAGAACUUGCCUAUUUCUACCAUGGUGGUAUCCUAAAUUAUAUGAUUCGAAAGAUGAUACAUCAGUAGCUGAUCACUAUUUAGUCACAGUGGGGAGGCUGUUUGAUCAUGUUGGAAAAUGCACAGAUUUAAAACACUAAUUAUUGAAAGUAAAUUUUGAUAUACUCUCAUUUAUUUCCAUCUGGAUGGAGCAGUGUAUUUGUUCAGACUAGGUUUUUAAGUAGAUAAAAGAUUUAUCAGUAACUUUAUACAUUCAUUAAUGAGAAUUUUUAAAAAAAGAAUUCUUUGAAAUGACUUCUUAAGAUACAUGUCUGUUUUAGCUUUAAUAAUUGGAUCUAUUUUUGGAAGCCACACACCUUUGCAAUACUAUUAAACAUGGGAUAUA